CGCCCCUCCCACUCUGGCUGAGAGAAAGGGACUUGAGAUGCUACAUUUUUUAUGACGAACUAGCAUUUUUGUCUACACCUAUAAUUUACUGCGUUUUCCAAUAUGUAGACCAAACCUUUAUAUUUAGCGGCAGUGCUCUGUUUCGCGUUCUCCCUCCCUGAACGUUAAUUGGUAGCCUGGCCUUGGAGAAGAAAAUGGAUGCGUGACCAGUUCAAACGGCGAGAGGAGACCCCCAGACAGAGGCAUCCCAUCACUUGUUGCCGCUGACGACCAGGAGCCUAGAAAGAAGGUUUCUACGCUUACGAGGUUUGUGAUGAUGUCGGACCCAGAGGUGAAGGGAGCUUUUGAUACAGAGGGGAAGUCAGAGUUCACAGCCGGGCACGUGUUCAGCAUUUCCCCACAGGUACAAAGUGGCGCAUCUGUUACUUCCUCUGGGGCCUCUCAAAAUCCUCCUGCCACCUCAGCAACAGAGGAUGAUGAUGAGAGUGAGGAUGAAUCAGAGAUCCUAGAGGAGAGUCCUUGUGGCCGCUGGCAGAAGCGUAGAGAGGAGGUGAAUCAGCGUAAUGUCCCUGGCAUAGAUGGUGCAUAUUUGGCUAUGGACACAGAGGAGGGAGUGGAGGUAGUUUGGAAUGAAGUCAUGAUUUCAGAGAGGAAGAACUUCAAAUCACUGGAGGAGAAAGUGAAGGCCAUAUUUGAUAACCUGAUCCAUUUAGAGCAUGCUAAUAUCGUCAAGUUUCACAAGUACUGGGCUGACACAAAGGACAACAGGGCCAGGGUAAUUUUUAUCACUGAGUACAUGUCAUCUGGAAGUUUGAAGCAGUUUCUGAAGAAGACAAAGAAGAAUCACAAGACCAUGAAUGAGAAGGCUUGGAAGAGAUGGUGCACACAGAUCCUCUCUGCUCUCAGUUAUCUCCACUCAUGUGAUCCACCCAUCAUCCAUGGCAACCUGACCUGUGACACUGUCUUCAUUCAGCACAACGGGCUCAUUAAGAUCGGAUCAGUUGCUCCAGACACCAUUAACAACCAUGUGAAGACGUGCCACGAGAAACAGAAAAACCUGCACUUCUUUGCCCCAGAGUAUGGAGCUGAUGACGACGUUACCACGGCUGUAGAUAUUUACUCAUUUGGCAUGUGUGCCUUAGAGAUGGCACUUUUGGAAAUUCAGGGGAAUGGAGACUCCUCUUACAUUUCUCAGGAAGCUAUAAACAAUGCCAUACAGUUGUUGGAGGACCCACUGCAGAGGGAGUUAAUCCAAACAUGCCUUGAGCAUGAUCCCAGCACAAGGCCUACAGCCCGGGAGCUGCUGUUUAAUCAAGCUCUUUUUGAAGUACCCCUUUUAAAACUGUUGGCUGCACACUGCAUUGUCAGCCAUCAACACAUGAUUCCCGAGAACGCACUUGAGGAGAUUACAAAGAAACUCGACCCUAAUCUGGUCCUUGCUGUGACUAAAGAUGUUCAGCUCAAGCUGUCACAGUUUCCUGCCUUGGAACUUGACAAAUUCCUGGAGGAUGUGAGGAAUGGUAUUUAUCCAAUGACAGCAUUCGGGGUGCCCUGUCCACAUCAGGCUCAGCAGGAGACUAUUAAAACUCCUGUGGUCAUCCACUCAGUCAGAUCCCCCACACCUGAACCCACAGAGCUUGAAACACGAAGAGUCAUUCACAUGCAGUGUAAUGUUGAAUCUGUAGAGGAGGGUGCAAAGUAUCAUUUAACGUUACUGUUGAAACUGGAGGAUAAACUGAAUCGACAUCUCAGCUGUGACAUGUUACCUCACGAGAGUGUUCAAGAGUUGGCUGGAGAGUUGGUGCAGCUCGGCUUAAUCAGCAAGGUGGACCAAGUUAAAAUAUCCUCACUGCUUGAAGAAACCUUCAACCAAGCUCUUCAUUAGCAAGUCUCCGCAGAAGUACACGCUCAAGUUUGUUACAUGCUCCUUUGGGAUACACAGCACAGUGAUUGUAAAAGUUUUUUUUUCUUUUUCUUUUUACCAUGUCUUUUCUACAAAACCUUGGUGGUUAUGUGACCAAAGGAUUGGACUGCCUUAAAGCAUGCAGAUCCUUUAACCACAAAGUCAGAUGACUCCAAGGAAACCUCCUGUUGUUAAUCAGUUUAUAUAUAUAUAUAUAAAACUAUCAAGCAAUAGUGGUGACCUUCAUUAAUGCUGUACCCGACACUUGAUACCAGCUGUAGUACAUUGAAAGCAAACUUUUCAUCAAGUGUAAUUUGUUUACUUUAGUCAUUGCCUUUUCCGUUUGUGUCCUUGGAGAAUUUAGUGUCAAACAUAUUGGAGAACUGAUUCUCUCCCUUUACUGGUGUCACACGGCUAACUCUGUGGUGUCCUUAAAUGUAAUGGUAGAAUCUACACCUGUUAACGAUCAGAAAAGUAGCUUCCUGAUAGUGGGAGGGAUUACAUUCCUCCUUCCAAAAAUUAGUCAGGUUCCACUUUUCUACACCCUUUCACGUGUCUCCUGAUUUGGGUCAUUUUAUUUUUAUGUAACAUAACAUUCGCUGCGUUUGUGACUUGGUUUGUGGUUUGUUCAAUCAACCAGUUGCCUACAAGGUUAAACAUGAAAUAAGUUGUAAACUGGACUGAGGGCUGUUGACUAUUAAAAUAUAUCCAUAAUUUAAUAAAAUGUAUGUAUUUUACAACUAUUUAUGUUUUGAAACAACUUCCUGUCAGUUUUUUUAGUAGAUUAUCACUUGCUUAUUUAAAGGUACUGUGAACUUAGUGUCUGAGUUUCUGUUUUUAUUGGUUUUGUUUAGUUUUUUUUUAUAUGAAUUCUUUGCUUUCAGCAUACAUACCUUCAAAUUCCCUGUUUUUUUUUUUUGUUUGUUUUUUUUGCUAUUCUGUUUACAGUUUGCAGCAUUUUGAAUUAAUCCAUAUUCUGCCUUUAGAAUUUGUUCUUACAAGACUUGUGCACAAAACCAGUUUGCCAUAUCUUGUGUAAAAUGGACCUUCUUUCCUUGAUUUUAGAUGUUGUGGAGACUGUAUUCCAAGUGUUUUCUUUUACCUUUUUCCUUUUUGUUUACUGUGGUUUUACGCAGCAACCACAUUGAGAGUCUGAGCCAACACAAAUGUUGCUUUUUCUUUUGUUGUCAUUUGCUUACUGACAGGUCUCACUGCAAACUUUAUGUUUUAUAAUUCAGAAUUCAAAUCCUUGAAUACAUAAUCUUACAGGAUACAAGUCUUAAUUAGACCUAAAUUGAGUUUGGGGGUUUAGGAUGGCCUCUUUGUAACAUUUUGCUCAUAAUUCUUUGUGGACUACUGGUACUACAGUUUCUAAAAACUAAUACAAUUCAGGACCUUAAACAUGCAGUAAUAGUGCAGAAAAUGUAAUGUCAACAUUUCGCAUGUGGUGCAUUUUGCACUGAUGCCGGUUCCUGAAUUAUAAUUCAUUGCACACCUUAUUCUAUAGGUCACAGUAAUCUGGUAAUGGCAAUGGUGUAUCGCUGAAGUAUUAAAAUGUAUUCAAGCUACUGUUCUGCUCCAUCUAGCUUACAUUUCAUUGCUUUGUUUACUGUCAUUUGUUUGUCUCAUAAACUACUAAGAUUGUAUUUUUCCCAAAGAUGUGUUCAGUACAGUCUGAAGAAUGUCCGUGUGCACCAUCUCUAGCACAGAGAAGUGGUUCAGACCAACCAAUGCAGCUUUCUGUGGAUUCCCUCUCUUUGUUUUGCUUUCCCACCCCAUUUAUUGGUGGUAAUGAAACUGGUUAUUAAAUAAUCGUACAGGGUUGGCAUUUCUAGCCUGUUACUCCAUGAUGUGAGCUUUUGUUGGAAUGUCUUGGGUUUUGUAUUAGACAUGAGUGUCGGUAAAUGCUUGUGUCUUUUUCUGAGAUUUGUAUCCCGACUAAAAAUUAAAGUAAGAAUGCUUUUUCUUGCUAAUAAAUGUCAACUUCUCACCUUU